GCGCGGUGUUCUCCCCAGGCAAGUACAAGGUGAGCAUCUUCCAGAAGUUCGGCCGCAGUUCGAGCGCCCUCGCGGACCGCUUCACUGUCGUGGCCGACGACGUGGACAUGGGCGACGAGGAGAUGUCGCUGAACGACGAGGUCUCGAAGACGCACGCUGCCGCGCAGAAGCUGGUGGCAAGGAACAACGAUCGCCUCGGGAAAAAGUACGACGAACUAUGCGUCGUGAAGACCAUUGAUGAGAUAGAGCGGGGCGGCGCCCGCGCGUGCCGGUACCACAAUGGAGCUUGGAAGCACGCCGCCGCGAUGAACGUGCAGCAGGCGCUGCGCAUGGAGAAGGCAGUGAACCAGGCGGACGCGAUCCUUCUCCGCAUGAGCAAGGACAAGAACGUGAGGCGACCGUCGUGGGACGAAGGGUGGCUCCUUGACUACGCGAGCCCGGCCGCAGCGGCGCAGGCCGAUGGGGAUGAUGGCCCAGAUGAGAGCUUCUCCAUCGCGCGCAAGAUGCUCCGCGAAACGCUGACGAGGUUUCUGACUACCAGGAACAACAACAUCCUCAAGACCUUCUGCAAGUGGUGCGACCAGCAGAAGCGGGCGGAGCCUCGCCUAGCGUUCAAGGACGCGUGCCUGAAGAUCGAGCCUGGCAAGGCAGCUGAAAAGAUGGACAAGAGCCCCGAGGUCACUUGCUACGCGCACAUGGGCUUAUCCAUCAAGUUCAAGCCUCCUGCGGCUGACGUGGAAAGGUACGACCUGACGAUGGCCACCCUCUACGGCGAUGGCGCGGAGUCCAAGGAAAUCGAGGGCGUCGGCGAGGCGUUG